CACUUUUUUCCAUACUGUGGUAGAAUGUGCAUUUGCUUACUCGACCUCGUAUAAGAAGUGACUAACGAAACCCAUUGCAGCUGAUGCUUUGCCAGGAAGAUUCCAUACUGUUCGCAGUCGUACCAAUUAAACUCAUAUAUAAAUCUCUUGACACUCCCGCUCCGCCUAUGAAGCUCCUACUUUCGUUCCUCAUCGGCGUCAUUGCAAUUCUAUACACUGCUAUCACCACUUACCACUAUAAUCACAAUAAUAAUCUCUUUGACUUGAUACCCUCUAUACUUUCUCGUCACACUUCCACCAACAGUACAACCACCACCAUCAUCAUCCCAUCCACACACAAAAUGGCCCUUCCGCGAAGCAUCCGCCAGGUCUUUCUGGCCAUCGAGCAAGCCGAAGGCGCGGGCGCGCGCGUGCGCCGCUCGAUCGGCACGCAGAAGUUGCGGCACCUGAGCCCCUUCCUGAUGCUGGACCAUUUCACCAUCGGGAAGGGCGCCGGGUUUCCCGACCAUCCGCACCGGGGCCAGGAGACGAUCACCUACCUGCUGUCGGGCGGGGUGGACCAUGAGGACUUUGCCGGCAACCGGGGGACGAUUGGGCCCGGGGACCUUCAGUUCAUGACGGCGGGCAAGGGGAUCAUGCACGCGGAGAUGCCGCACGAGAACCCGGACGGGAGCCCCAACGUGGGCAUGCAGCUGUGGGUCGACCUCCCCAAGGAGCUCAAAUACUGCGAGCCGCGCUACCGGGAUCUGCGCAGCGCCGAGAUCCCCCUCGCCACGACGGAUGAGGGCCGCGUUACGGUCAAGGUCAUCUCGGGCCAGUCGCAUGGCGUCGACUCCGUGCGCGACCUCGCCUACACCCCGGUCUGGCUGCUGGAUGUUUCCAUCCAGCCUGGGGGUCGUGUGCGCCAGGCCCUGCCGCUCGGCUGGAACGCCUUCGCCUACACCCUCAAGGGCGCCACGGUUUUUGGCUCCGGCGACCAGACCCGCUCCGUCAAGGAGUUUCACAAUGUCGUCUUCGAGCCGCAGGGCGAGUUCGUCGAGGCCUCCGUGCCGGAUAACGCCGAGGAGGCGGGCCGCUUCUUGCUCGUGGCGGGUCAGCCGCUCGACCAGAAGGUGGUCCAGUAUGGCCCCUUCGUCGUGACGAGUGAGGAGGAGGUUUACCAGGCCAUGAUGGAUUUCCGGACUGCAUCGAACGGGUUCGAAAAGUCGCGCGGCUGGGAGAGUGAGAUUGGCAAGCGUAUGGCUCUUUAGAGCAAUUGAAUUCUUUCCUCAUGUAUAUAAUUGAUGACAACUUGGCGCUGGGGGUGUUUUGGUAGCGUUUUAGUAGGAUUUGACUGAAUUGACUUCACUUCUUUGGAUGUGCGCUCUGGAGUGCCGCGGCCCCUUAUAAGGCUCGUCGCAAUUUAGUAU